AAAAUCAUUGGCGUCUUCAAGCCCAAGAACGAGGAGCCGUAUGGGCAGCUGAACCCCAAGUGGACCAAGUGGCUGCAGAAGUUGUGCUGCCCAUGCUGCUUUGGGAGAGACUGCCUCGUCCUCAACCAGGGCUACCUGUCGGAGGCGGGUGCCAGCCUUGUGGACCAGAAACUGGAACUCAACAUUGUUCCCCGCACAAAGGUGGUGUAUCUGGCCAGCGAGACCUUUAACUACAGUGCCAUCGACAGGGUGAAGUCCCGAGGAAAGAGGCUGGCCCUGGAGAAGGUGCCGAAAGUUGGCCAGCGCUUCAACCGCAUUGGUUUUGAGCGGCUGGUGGUGCUGGACUACAUCAUCAGGAACACAGAUCGGGGCAAUGACAACUGGCUCAUCAAGUACGACUGUCCCCUGGACAGUGCGGGCGUGCGGGACAGUGACUGGGUGGUUGUGAAGGAGCCCAUCAUCAAACUGGCUGCUAUAGACAACGGUUUAGCCUUUCCCUUGAAACACCCAGACUCCUGGAGAGCAUAUCCGUUCUACUGGGCAUGGCUGCCCCAGGCCAAAAUCCCCUUUUCACAGGAGAUCAAGGACCUGAUUCUUCCCAAGAUCUCAGACCCCAACUUUGUCAAGGACCUAGAGGAAGAUCUGUAUGAGCUCUUUAAGAAAGACCCUGGAUUUGACAGGGGACAGUUUCACAAGCAGAUUGCUGUCAUGAGAGGCCAGAUUCUGAACCUGACUCAGGCGCUUAAAGAUGGGAAGAGCCCCCUGCACCUGGUUCAGAUGCCACCUGUGAUUGUGGAAACGGCACGUUCCCACCAGCGCACCGCCAGUGAGUCCUACACGCAGAGCUUCCAGAGCCGGAAGCCUUUCUUCUCGUGGUGGUAG